CUAAAACAAGUAACAACAUAAUAUGCAUCAGCGUACGAUCAGAAAAAUAAAUACAUAGCAGGAUAUCUAUCUCUGUUUUAUUGAUUUACGACAAGCUAAACUAUGGCACAGUCUCCCCGGUCUGAGAGACCCAAGCACUCCGAUGAGUCAACGAAUGAACAGACAACCAGUGUCACCAAUGCAUUGCAUAACACGCGCAUCUCCGAACCUGCCCAGCCCGUUCGAGAGCUGUCGCAAACAGAUCAUUUAAACAAGAAGCUUUUGUCCUCGCUGUUAACAAUGAAUUUUCCCUCGAAUACGAUAAGCGGAGACGAUGAUAUGGAGGAAGACUGUGGAGAUAAGCAAUAGGGAAGGAAUGGAUUGUCGCUGAUAAGACAUUUACGUACAGCAUCAGGAUGUUCUCAACUUAGUAUACGUAUAUACAGAACGGUAAACUCAACUGAUGAGUGUCAAGAGUUGUUUCGGGGUUUCUUCGUUAUUACCCAUGUUGUGCUUUCAAAUAUGAUAAGAGGUUGCAACAAUAUGGAAGAUGAUUGUGGAGACAAACCUUGAGGAAUAAGUGGCUUUCGCAUCUGAAAUUGAAUCGGCAUAUGAGUAUCUGUAUAAUCACAAAACUAGUAUACACACUCGACGAUAAAAUCGGAUGUCUGAGACGAAAUUGUCGAUAAGGAGGAAGAAAGUGGAGAUAAACAAUGAGAAAUAAGUUGGUUGCUUCUUGAAUAGGAAUCCAAAUAGGUAGCAUCUAAAUAGUAGAUCUGCGCAAAGACGAGCAUGCAAAUUGACCUACAC